UUUCAAUGGAAGUCUUCUCUGGUUGGGAGACUCUCUGAAAAGAAGUCAACCACGUGAAAUUGGGGAGGAACAAAAGUCAAAUUUAAUUGUUUCAAUCAAUCCCCCCAAUUCCCACAAGAAGAUCCGCUUAUACCAUUUUAUUUAUUAUUUUAUCUAUCACAACUGUUGACGAUACAGUUGAAAAAGUAUUCGUCGGACUCUUCAUAUUUCGUAGUUCGAACGUUAUCCCCAAUUUCACCUCACAAAUACUUCAUCUUUGACGCGGGUAAUAAAUUCGCACGUUUGCAAGACAAUUUCGAUUCUGUUUAUGCCACAAUCUGCUCUUUGAUCGGAAGUUCGUCUAUUCAUGCUUUGAAUUUCCUUAAUUCGUGAAAUCCCUGGGCAAGAUCUGAUAUGCAGAGUCAGCUUGUUUGUAGCGGAUGCAGGACUGUGCUUAUGUACCCUAGAGGAGCUCCUAAUGUUUGUUGCUCUUUAUGCAAUGUGGUGUCUUCUGUUCCUCCACCCGGAAUGGAAAUGGCUCAGCUGAUAUGUGGAGGCUGCCGAACGUUGCUUAUGCACGCACGCGGAGCCACCAGUGUGAGGUGCUCCUGUUGCCACACGGUGAAUCUCGUGCCAGUGGCAUCACCUCAGGCACCGCCACCGGCGAGCAAUGUUGCUCAUGUUAACUGUGGUAAUUGUCGUACUAUGCUAAUGUAUCCAGCUGGAGCACCGUCAGUUAAAUGUGCAAUUUGCCAUUUCAUCACAAAUGUUAAUGCUGGUGGCACAAGGGUCCCUAUUCCUGCAAACGGGCCUGGUUCUACAUCAACACCAUCGAGUAACACGGGUACGAAACACACUUCGACUCAAACAGUCGUCGUGCAGAACCCCUUGAGUGUUGAUGAAAGUGGAAAAUUGGUGAGCAAUGUUGUUGUCGGCGUUACAACAUAGGAUUGCAACGAAUCUGGACAUCCUAGUUCGGGUAUGAAGGGUUUGAAGAUAUCUUUGUGCAUAUUAUAAUCAAUUUGGUUUGUAAACUACCCGUAAAAAAAGUUUUUUCCCUUUACAAGAAAAUAAUCACUACGCAGUCAAUUUGUGGAUAGUCCUAUCUUUACUUCCCUGUUGCAGUCGAGUGUUGUAAGUUGUUUGUCUCGAACUUGCUGGAUUCGAGUCCGAGUUUUGAAUGUAAAAGUACAUGAAAUGCAAAUACUUGAUCAAAAUUUGACUUUUUCUAUGUAGUCUGUGUAAUCAUACUUUUCAACAUGUAGAUGUAGUCUUUUGCAAUUAAUCGAACAGAACAGUUUCUAUGUAGUCUGGUCAUGGCUCUCAAACCAGCUAGAUUAAUUUUUAGAUAAUUCUUAAAAGGAUGUUUCUCGUCAUAUUAAAAAAAGGUGUGUUGUGUAAGAAA